AUGAUGUGGUUCAGCAUCGUGUCAACCCUGUGCAAGAAGGUCUCUGACGGAGAGGCUACAUUGGCACCGUCCAUCACACGUCUGGAACCCAUCGUCCCUGACGAGCUUGAGAUUCGCCCUGAUCCACAACUGAGGCCGAACGUCUCCUCGAAGAUACAGAUGAGAUGGACAAUCCCGACAAUGAUGGAGAUUGAUAUCGACAACUCUCCAUUCGUGUUCCUGUUCCGUCCUGAGCAGGAUAUUCGCCUACGACAGUCUGCGACUGGGCCAAGAGUCGCAAACUCCGAUCUCAUCUGCCCUUAUCAACCCCGACGACAUCAAGAUCCGAUGGUAGAACUGCAUAUGACGCCUUUUGCAGCAGCCUGUUCACACCUCUACUCUCUGAUCGCAACAGAUGAGUUUGAUCCUUCUUGGGUCCUCCGAAGCUUCCGCAGUCACCUUCGACUUCCCGCCUCAAACGUCGACGGAGCGUUCCUCGGCGUGCGGUCGCGAUGUAAGGUCAAGAAUACAGCACGGCAUCCCGAAGCCAUCCAGCUUCGAAACAGGUCCUUGACUGUACCCUACUACACGAUUUACGACAGUGAGGAUGAUACACAUGACGACCAGGCCGUUCAGGAGAAUGGGAAUGAAUAUGGCAACUUCGCCUCUGAAGCCAGUAGUGUGGACCUUUACAAAAAGGCGUUCCGGAAGGGUGUACAGAAAAUGGACCGACGGAUUGAUGAUCGUGGACGACCUAACGCGAUCUUGACGAGUUUCAUGGCCACGCCUCAGUGA